AUGCAGGAUCUUCAAGCAGCCUUCUGCACAUUCCACAUCCCACCCGGACAAUUAGGGCCUCCUCUCCCGAUGCCUCACACCAACGCACGACCACGCCGCAACUCAUACAGCGCAAAUGUCAACGCUAGCUUACCAACUCCCUCCAGGCCCAGCCGGUCGCCCAGACACCCCGCAUACGAGUGUUUGAGGGAGUGCAUGUCGUUUUGGGAGCAGAGGAUCGUUUGGGGGGAUCACGAUGCGUUUCAGUGGGUUCUUUCUUUGCUUAGCUUGAUGAACGGGUGUUGA